AUGUACGCCGCCCGCGCGCGCGUCGGUGCGGCUGCCAUGGCGACCGUCGCAACGCCCGCGGCGGCGUCCUGCUUCUUCGGCAGGGCGCAGCCGAAGCCGCACGAGGGCCCUGUCACGACCGCGUCGGCGCUCGUGAGCGCGCGCUCCAUCCUGGACGCCGCAGGCAUCGGGUUCGUCUGCACCAGAUCGUCAGACGGCGCCCCUUGCUGCCGCGUAAUGGACGUCAGGCGGCUCGACGACACACGGCUGUCCUUUUCGCUCGUGACGCGGACCUGCACGAGAAAGGCGGCGCAGUUCGCCGCCGAUUCGCGCGUCACUCUAGCUUUUCACGACCCGCGGGCGGCCGGCGAGAACGGCUACGUGGCACUCUCGGGGCGCGUCCGCGAGGUCGUUGAAAAGGACGCGCGGCGGGCUGUCUGGAAGGACUCGUGGACGCUGUUCCACACGGCGCCCGAGGUCCUGCCGCCGGACAGCGACGUCCUCGUCUACGUCUUCGAGCCCGACCGCCUGGAGCUGGUCGACAACGAGCGGUGGCUCCGCGGCGACUGGCGGCCCGUGACGCUCGUCCGGACCCGCGACGACUGGGAGCCGGCGCCGGCACCGCCACGGGCGGCGCGGGUCGCGGCGACCGCCGCGGCGCGCCGAUCCGCGGCGCCCCCGCCAAGUAUGUAA